UGCAGCAGAAGAAGCAGCAUCAGCGGGUUCUGGAGCUCGGAGCGGUUAUUGUUGUAGGAUUAGCGGAUUUUCUCAGCGCUCCUCUCCGAUAUAUGUCGAGUUUCCUCCACAUUUCGACGGCUCACUCGACACGGCCAUGGCCAGCAUGCAGUCGUUAAGCGUGUUCGUGACGGAGCGGCUGACGCUGGCGGCGCAGGAGAUCUUUAAAGCAGUGGAGGUGACCGUCUCCGAGUACCACCAGGAGAUCUCUCGCUCCAGGCAGGAGAACGAGCUGCUGAAGCGGCGGCUGCUGGAGGCUGGCAUCGACCUGUACACGGAACUACAGCCCAAUAUGCCCAGCAUGCCCAUCAUGCACGAUGGUGACGGUGAUGCCGGGCAGGGGCCGCCAGCCUGUGGAGAGCAGUGGGGGCAGACCAGUGAGGAGAUCCAGGUCAAGCUGGAGCUCAGCGCCGCACAGGAACAGCUUCAAGAUGCUCCGUCCCAAAUAGCCGUGGCUAACGAACCUGUAUCCCCGAAGCCGUGCCUCCAGAGCGAACAGAAAAUGGAAGACAUGUUCCAGUCCCAGACGGCAGAAACCAGUAUGGAUAAUCUACUCCUCGCUGGUCCCUACAUUCAGGUCAAACAAGAACCCAACGAGCUUGUGUCGAAUUUGGGUCCACAGACUCUGUGUGAUGUUCAGAGCUGCAUCCCUUCUUAUCCCAACAAUGCUGCUGCUGCAUCUGGUCAUACUAGUGGACUUGGGGGUGAAAUGGACAGCCAACGAAUGUCGUCAUUGCACAAGCCCGGACGAUCGCAGUGGUGGGAGAUUACACUUCCCUCUCAAACGGCAGCCAUUACGGAGACCACCUUAACUCUGAUUAAGACCACCCUUCCGCCGUUAUCCGAGGAGCUUCUGCAGUUGUUAAUGCAGCGGCUGGACGCUCUUGGAGUCUGUAGCGUUGAGGACCUCCGUCGGGUAACAGCUGCCGAUUUGGAAGGACUUCUGCAGCCAGCGCAAUGUGGAACACUGAUCGAGGUCUUUAAUACAGCAUCAUCUGAAAAUGAACUAGCACAUUCAACAGCAGGACCGAUUGAACCACCAGCUGGCGCAUCUGGAAAAUUCCAAAUUCCAUGGGAAAAAUUUCCACCAGAACUCGUAAAAGCCAUGGUAGAGAAGACACGGCCACAUCCAUCACUUAGACGUGAAAUGGUUCGUAUUAUCAUUGACGAUUUCUUCUCUGCAAAAAUGAAAAGACCGGGACGGGACACUAUCCGGCAGAUCUCCCAUGAGCUCGUUCUGAAAUACCCCAAUUCUUUCUGUGAUCUGUACGGGGAAGACGCGUUUGGCACGGGGUUCAAAUCUCUGAUGGAUCAGAUGGAGAACAGAGUGGAGAACUGCUGGCGAAGUGGAAAACGAAAAUCCAAGAGACCGGCUGAAAGUGACGCUGGAGCAGAGAAACCCAAACGAUUCGUUCAUUAUGGCUGCGUGCAGUGGGAACCUGACCUUCCAGCCAAUGAGGAUGGACAAAGCCAGACUGGCAAAAGGGCGGAGCUACAGAAUUCUUACACAGUGAAAAAUCUUCCGGAGGCAGACAUCAAAAAGCUAAUGGCUGAAACAUACUACAGUCAGCGCAUCUCAAUUAACCACAACAAUAAGACCAUUAGCGAGUUAAAGGAAAAAUGGCCGUACUUGUUUGAAGCAACGUAUUUGUUUGAACAUUCUGAGCGACUGCUUGGGAUACCUGUUCAGAAACGGCUUGCGGAGGAGCUGGCAAAAAAGGGAAAAACAAUAAUGAACUUUUUGGCGCAAGCAAAGGUGACACCAGGCAAUUUCCAAGGCCCUUUGGAGCUGCUCUUCAGCAUUGGAAAUUACCUUGGUGACAAAACAGAACUUCUACUGAUCAGAAUAGAGGGCCACAACUUCACUGCGCAAAGUUUGCAGAGAACACCAUGUGUCCUUGUUCUAGAUGAUGAGCAUUAUCUUAUGGCAGUAGAUCAGACAAUAGUGAAUGGCCACAUAAGCUGCCCACUGACCGCCUUAACCUACCUGAUCUGCCUCUUCUACACACUCAACAUUCAGUUUCCCAAGGACGCAGCUCUGGCACUGGACUAUGUUAUGAGGUGUCUCCUGGGGAUCAGUCCCAAACGAGGACCCAAAAUGUCGCGGAAAGAGAAAAAACAGCUCAAGAUCCACCCUAAACUGAUGAAGUUCCUCUCUGAACUCAGUGAUUAUCAGAAUCCGUAGAAAAUCUGAUUGGGUCAGCACAAGAAGCAAACCUCACCUACAAAGUUCUAGAAAAGCUUCUCUCUGACAUCCUCAUCAUUCAGCUCUCAACUAGUCUUCGAACAUGACCAUCAACCAAGCAGCUCUGAUUUGUACCAUGAGUCUGGCUACUGAAGAUCAUAAGUGGACUGUUCUGUAUGUCUGGGAGUAGACAUGCUGUCUAUUAGACGGCCAUCUUGUUUUUCUGUCCUGCUGUUGGUAGUCUACAGAAUAAAACUCAAACAGCAGGACUUCAUGGGAGAUGGGAGCUGUUAAUAGGACUGGACAAUAUAUGGCCAAAAUUUAUAUUACAACACACUUCUUAUUUUAGGUCAAUAAGAUACUGUUCUGAUAUUGGUAUGUAUGAUGUGCACCACAUAGGUGGCCCUGUGCCCUAUAAUGAACAUUAGUGACAGAUUCUGUAAAAUUACUAAUUGGAAAUGUGUUUAAAAAUCACUGUUAUUAAAAGGUUUUCGAUUUUUACUUUUUUCCAUCAUACAGUAUAUUGAUAUUGAUCCAGCCCUAUGGGCUAAUCAGUGGGAUAACACAAGCUGAUUUACAUUUGUUGAAUCAAGGCUAAAAAUGGGCGUUUACUUCUUUUUAAAAAAUUUUUUCUCCAAAUACUCAGGCAGCAUUCGAGGGUCAUGCUUAUUUAAGUAUUUGGAUACUGAAGUUUUUGUAAAUGUUGGAACAUAUACACAUAUAAAGUAUGUAUAAUGUGUAUAUAUAAUGUAUAUGUACAUGACGAGACAUAUGUAUGUGUCUAAUGAGUCCUGAACACGAUUUAUGUUUAAUAGUUCUGCAAUAUUUUUGUAUGUGUAUAUAUAUAUAUGUAUGUUGAUCCACAAAAUUAAUAGAAAUUACUAAAAUAGAACUUUUUAUUCCCUUUUUGUUUAUCCUGUAUGUUUAAAGUUCACCCACAAAAUAAUAAUUACACCAACAAACCUGACCAUGCUUGACUAAUUCAUGUAUAAGUAUUAGGGGUGGGACGAAAUAUCGAUAUUGCGAUAUAUUGUAUUGUUUCCAUAUGCAAAAUAUUAUCAAUUUGCGCCAUCAAAUAUUGAUAUUAUUACUGAAACAUAGAUGUUCUGAACUCUCUAAGACUCGUCCCUUAAUUUGCAUUCUUAAAGUUACUGCAUCGUUUCUCCACAUGGUGGGGCUUUAAUCAAAUGUAUAGUGUAAACCUUGGUGAGGGUGAAGACUAUUGGUUAUCAAAUUCUGUGAAACUUCCACCAAUAAAUCCAUAAUUCUUGGUACUUGUUUAUUUAGUAGUAUUUUAUCCUUUUCUGUAACACAGAUACUGUAAAGUACUGUAAGGAAUUGUUGUGAUAUAUCGAGAAUUACAGUAUCAUGAGAUCAUUGUUAUCGUGGACAAAAUAUCGCGAUACUAUCGUACCCUGUGACACACACCCCUAAUAUGUAUAUAUUUAGUUACAUACAUGUUACAUACAUGUUAGAGGUCUGUUUCUAAGUAAGUAAAAUUUGUUUGUCGUUUUUAUGGGCAUUGUUUUUUCCCUUUAUUAUUUUAAAUCACUUAAAUAAUUUGUUUUGAAAUGAUUACUGUUUUAUUUAGAUUUCUUUAGUUCUGUAAGGUUUUACUGACUUUAAUGUGAACUGUGUAGAACUUUAAUCUUCACUUUUUUUAUGCCCGCAUUUUGUCUGCAGUAAACGAAUCUAUAUUUUGUACUCUGAUGCUUUUCUUCUUUAUUAAAAAAAAUUAAGCAAA